CAAACUCUGCAUGUACCGACCGCGGUGGAUAUUGUUCAGACUCGAAUACAUGUACAUCAUUAGGAGGCCACGUGGAAAAAAUGACAGUACGAUGCAAGUGCGGAAAUGCAUGUUGCAAAUGUACUGACACAUGCCCUGAUGGUUCUACAUGUAUGAGUGAAGGUGACACCUGUGAUGGAAUGAAAGAUACAAACGGAUGUUGUGGCAACAGGUUUUGUUGUACAUCUAUUAUGACAACAACACCUAUUAUGACAACAUCACCUAUUAUGACAACAACACCUAUUAUGACAACAACACCUAUUAUGACAACAUCUCCACCAUGUGAUGUAGAAUGUUAUCAGCGUCAAGGCCUUUUUUGUGCUCCUGAUUGUAGCAAAAUCGUCGAUGGAGGUCGCACUUAUUUUGAAUUUGGCGACUGCUGCGGAAUGAAAUGUUGCAAGCUGGGUGACAACGACUAGUACUGAUCUUUAAUGGUGUUUUGUACAGUAGUGUGAGGACUCUUACCAAAAUCCUGAAGCCGACAAAAAAUAAUAUUUUGGGAAAAUAUCUACAGUUAUAACUUAAUAAAAAUUGUAUUAUA